CUUUUCCAUACCUUACCUGAUUGUAAGGGUUCAGGUAGAAGAUGCCCGGGCCGUGGGACCCCGUCACCUGAAACAUUUAUGUCCUGGCUAAUUACCACUGUGCCGGCCAUGUCCUUGAGUGGCCCUAAGAAAUGUCAAGCACGCGAUGAAGUCGUGACUGUCGAAAAAUGUUUGAUGCAAACACGUCGACUUUCAAGUGAUGCCAAUCAAAACCCCCCACCAGUCAACUUAAUCAGGUGCUCUGAAUUGGAAAAUCUGUUGGCAAUCAAUAAAAGCCGAAGCAUAGCUUGGCACAUAAUGUAGACGUAUAAUUUUAGACACGAAUGUGAGCAUUUUGGCCGAGUUUUCGGGAACGCCAACGCCAACGCCCCCGCCACCGUAUCCUUUUCGACCAGGAGAACACUCGGGCGAACUGUCGUCCAUGGCAACGUUCGUUAUGAAAACUAAACGAAAACAAAUGCGCCCAAAGACAGCGACAACAACGCUGGCGAGACAACAUGCUCUGAAAAUUGGAAAAGUCAGACAGCGGAUACGGCGGUGAGCAGCGUCGUCGGCAAGUUGGGACAGCUGAGGCAGAUUCAAUCACCAGAUAGAAUCCCACGCACCAGCCACCGGAGCAUCAGCAUCAGUAUCAGUCUCAGCCCAAGUCCUUUGCAGAGUCCUUGUUAGUCCUGCAGCAAACCAGCUCCGGCAAACGCGGACGCGGCGACACUCGACGGCAUACUGGGGAACUGCAUCGACAUCGACUCGGUGGCCGUGGUGCAGCACAAGCUGGUGCACAGAAUUGUGUGAGUAGGAGUGUCCAAUGGACGGUCAGCCUGGCUGGUCCAACGCCUUCUGUGCAUAUUCCAUAAUGAAUAAAUAAAGGUGGCAAGAUGUCGCCGCCCGUGCUGUACUACCUGCCGCCCAGUCCGCCCUGCCGCAGCAUCCUGCUGCUGGCCAAGAUGCUCGACAUCGACUUCGAACUGAAGAUCGUCAACAUCCUGGAGGGGGAGCAGCUGAAGCCGGACUUUGUGGCUAUGAACCCGCAGCACUGUGUGCCGACCAUGAACGACGAGGGUCUGGUUUUGUGGGAAAGUAGGGCCAUACUCUCCUACCUGGUGGCUGCUUACGGCAAGAGUGACGAACUAUAUCCCACGGACAUAAGAGUGAGGGCUUUGGUGGACCAACGCCUCCAAUUCGAUCUUGGCACCCUCUACAUGCGACUCACGGACUACUAUUUCCCCACAAUGUUUAUUGGAGCCCCCUUGGACGAAGGAAAGCGAGCCAAAUUGGCGGAGGCUGUGGGCUGGCUUAAUUCGAUCUUGGAGGGCAGACAGUUUUCCGCCGCCGAUCACUUCACCAUCGCGGAUCUCACACUAUUGGUGACCGUUUCCCAGCUGGAGGCCUUCGAGUUUGAACUUCGACCCUAUAAACAUAUCCGGCAAUGGCUCGAUCGCUGCAAGGAUCACAUGGCGCCGUUCGACUACGAGGAGCUGAAUACCAACAAGGCCAACAUGCUGGCCGAUAUGUUCAAGGCCAAGAUGAACCAAUCUGCGGGCUAGCAGUUCCUUAAAUCCGUGUUAUAGUAGCAAACAAAUAUUUUCUAUAUAGUAUCAGUUGUGUAAGUGUUGUAUUAAAUAAAUAAAUUUAUUGUUCUGUAAACAAG